AUGCUAUGUGUAAUUUUUGUGAUUGGUCCGUUACUUCAUGAUCUACCAACGUGCGUGCUGAGUUCGAUAGUUGUCGUAGCCCUGUCCCCAUUGCUAUCGAGGAUCACUGAACUGAAAUAUCUGUGGAGGUUCUCCAAGUCAGAUGUGGUUGUUUGGGUUGUUACGGCUGUAGUCACUAUUUUCUGGGAUAUCAUCACAGGUCUUGUUACUGGAAUGGUGCUCGCACUUAUAACUGUUGUUGCUCAUACCCAAAGGUACGUUUCUACUGGUUGUAUCACGUUUAACUGCACAUUUCAUGCAAAUCGUAUGGGCUCAGGCUCUUGA